UCUCAGUCCCUGCCGUAGUGAGUCGAAGAUGCUGCGUCGAACCGCACUCUUGACUUUGGUUCUGUGCUGCAGCAUCUUCACAGCCUGCGGCGAUCAGCGGUGUGGCGUUCGGCAGGACAAAACGCGCUCUCUUAUCACCGCCGGCCACAACGUUCAGCCGGGGGAUUACCCGUGGCAUGCGGCCAUCUAUCAGGUGCUUCCCCUGAAGCACUACAUCUGCGGUGGCACCCUGGUUGGCCAAAGUGUCGUCAUCACCUCUGCGCACUGUGUGGCCGUUCCGGGCCGGAGGGUGGCCAGAUCCAUUGACGAGUUGGUCGUUCAGCUGGGCAAACACCUGCUAAAUGUCCGGAGCGAUUCGGAACAAGAGUACGGGCUGAGUUCGAUCAUCGUGCAUGAGGGAUUCACCGGGGACAACCACGGGCACGAUGUGGCCUUGCUGAUUACGAAGGACCCCGUCCGGUACGGAAAGUUUGUUCAACCGGCUUGCCUGCCGACGUUCUCGUUGGCCAACGAUCGCGUUGUCGGAACUAUCGUCGGAUGGGGUUACACGGAGCAGUCCGCGGUGUCCAAUUCACUGAAGGCCGCCGGAGCUCCGAUCGUGUCCCAAGAUCUCUGUCGGAGUAGCAAUUUGGGCGCGUUUGGUGGUAGCCUUACGGAGGAGAUGUUUUGUGCGGGGUACCGGAAUGGGACGAACGCAUGCAACGGGGACAGCGGAGGGGGCUUGUUUCGGAACGUGCGGGGAAGCUGGUUUUUGCUGGGGAUUGUGUCGUUCACCGCGGCCCAGGAACAGGAUGAGAAUCGGUGCAGCUCAACGGACUAUACGGCGUUUGUGGAUGUGGCCAAGUAUAAGCGAUGGAUAAGGAAUAAUUCUGAUCCAUCAUUCGGCACACCCUGCUCCGAUCUUGGUCAACCAGCAAAGCUCAAAAAGCAAUACUUUGUGCACAACAACAAGGAGGUCACAUUUCUGGAAGCAUGGCGACUCUGCCAGAGCUACGGCCACCGGUUGGCAACGGUUACGUCGGAGGAAGACAACGAGCUGCUGGAGAAAGCGAUCGCCAAGUCCAGCAAUCCCAAGGGACCGUGGUACAUCGGAGGGACGGAUUUGGGCAGUGAGGGCAAUUUCCUGUGGAUUUCCACCAAUACACCGGUGGGGUAUCUGAGUGGAUACCUCAACUACUCCCCCGGGCAGCCGGAUAAUGCCGGUGGGAACGAAAACUGCUUGGAGAUUGGCCGCUGGGGAGGAGUGGUUUGGAACGAUGUGCCGUGCGAUUGGAGGCAGCGAUACAUUUGUGAAUAUGUUAGUCGGUGGUGAAUUUAUUUUUAAUUAUUAGUAAUAAAAUAAAAAAAGGCUUUUAAUGGUA